AUGGCGUUAUCAGCUGCACCUGCUCCCUCACCUGAGUUCGAGUUUGAUCAUGAUGUUAAUGAUGAUUUGAUCCUGUCUUUCCCCCUGCCUGCUGUGGCCCCAGAGCCUUUAGCUGCUCCUGAUCCUACAUUAGAGCAUGACCCUGUUCAUGAUGAUGCACCAUCCAUUGCAUCCUUUGUUGCUGAUCAUCCUGUUGUUGCUCCACCGUUGGUUGAUGAUCAUAUUGUUGACGCUCCUGCUGACGCUCCACUCUUGAUAGAGGAUCCUGUUGUUGCACCAUUUCCUGAUCUUGUGCCGGUGCUGUUCGACCGUGCACCUUUUGCUACUCAUGUAGAUCCACGUUACGCCGACACCCGUAACGGGUGGAUCGAUGACGAUGACGAUUACCCACCUUUUGUGCGACCUGUUACACCUCCAGUAGCCCCCGUUUCAGCACCCAUUCCUGCACCCACUGAUAUCCCACUGAUUCCCCCACACAUCACAGAUGCUCAUCGCACAGAUCUUCCUGUUACGUUUCUUCAGGACAUACCGCCACCGCGUCCUGGAGAGGGGUCAUCUAGGUAG